GAGUCUAACGGCCUCUUUCAGCCGUUUAUACUGUCACGAAUAGUUGAAUAACAAAAAUGACAAUAAUAAUUAAUUGAAAAAAAUACUUCUUUCCUCAGCCCAAGCUCUAAGUCUGGAUAGGCAGUGCCAUAAUGAAUAUUUCAUAAAAUUCUAUCGGUCACGGCGAAGAACGAAAGUAAGAAGAUGGCACAGGCAGACCACGACGCCAUGUUCCUGUUCCGUUUGCCCGACGAUGUUUACAUUUUUCCUUUCCACACCACUCGCUCGUCGCUCGCAGCAGUCACUGUUUUUCUGAGACCGUUUGCUAUUUUCCUUGUAAGUGCCAUGGCUGGUAAGAAAUCCUCCUCCAACGCUCCUAAAACCCAGGCAGAAUUGAACGCCGAGAGGCUGAUAAAGUGCAAGUUCUUCCUUGUGUUUUGGUUGCCAUUAGUUGGGCAAGACUAUGGGGAAAGCGAUGUGCUCCCAGGUAGACACAUUCAAAAGAAGUAUCGGAAAUUUGAUGCUCUUGUGCCGUUGACUUACACGGAUGAGCAGAAGAAAAAAAUUUCCCACAAAGCAAAGGUCAAGGAGGGAGCAGAUGACGCGGCUUCUCUUGAAGAAAUCUGUUUAAGUGCUAUCGAUGGGCACAUCCUCACAGAAUACGAGAGGGUCACGAACCCAAACCUCAUAGCAGCAAAGAAGGAACAUGCCAGGAGGAGAAGAAUUGUUACCAAACAGAUGAAGGAAAACCAAAGGACUGAAGGCAUCAAUGUCCUCAAUGCCACAAAUGUUUGCCAUGAAUCUGUGAUCCCUCCGGCUAUGGUUCCUCAGCGCACAAUGUCCUUUGAGCCCCGCUUUGGACUAGUUUCCUAUCAAGAUACAAUUAAGUUGUAUGCUAACGGUGUGGGUCACCAUGUAAACCAAGAGGCCUUGAAAUUCCUGGAAGCUUUGAUUCGAACUGUUGAAGAAAAUGUGCCUCGGAUUCCAGACUCUGAGUGGAUGUGCGAGGUCAUGAAAGGACUCUUCAACAGUUUUGCCGAUAAAACUCUAACGCAAAGGAAGAAAAUAAGCCAAUUGCCUGAUUCCUGGUUUGUGAAGACUAGUACCUCUGAGCAUGAUCUUUUUGGUAAUGGGUCCCUGUAUGUCCCACAUACCCUGGCAACAUUACUGAAAUGUGAGCUUCACAACGAAUCGAAUUGGGCCAUCUAUACCACCAAGCUGCUAAAUAACAUUUAUGGAACAGAUCUGGAACACCUCACAGCUGUUGGCACAGGGAAUAGUAUAGGAAUUGAUAAGAGACUGUACACUGCUCUUUACAAUUACUGCCGGGAGACAUUCAAAGAGCCUGGAUGUCUUAAGAUGUAUAAUAACCACAUUAACAUGAUGAUCUCAAAUAAGAGAAAAAAUAAUAAGAGGAAGCAGUCAGCUUUAGAGAAUGGACCCAAUAAUAAGAGACUUAUGGAGACUGGAGAGCAGCCAGCUACGACUACUGUACGGGAGCAGCAAGCCACUAGUGAUACUACUGCUCAGCUUGGUGCAGGGGAAGAUGAAGAGAGUUCCAUCUUGCAGAGGAGCAAGUCUCUAGAAAAUGGGAACUUUGAAGAUAGAAUUGCCACUUUUGAUAAACCACUUCAGAUGACAGACCACACCAGAGCAGACUAUUCCUUGGCUGUGCCAUACACAACAGCUGCCGAGGAACUGGGUGAGCGGUUGCUGCGAGGGAGUGACAGUGACUGCCAUCAGUUGCAGUCACCAUCAUUAAGUACCUGCUCACCAGGACAACCACCAUCAGGAAGUAACAAGGUGUAUACCCCCUUGCUGCCACAAAGACUUAACCACCAUCCCAAACUGUUACAAUUUGAGAAGAAUACACCUGCACUUGAUGUGGACUCACCCAGCUGCCCACCUGCACCCCAUUACCCCAGCCACACAGCUACUUCCAACUCAGGGAUGGCCCCACCCAGCUACCAACCUGGACCUCAUCCCAACCACGCACCUGGAGCCAUUUCCAGCAACACACAAGAUUACAACUGUGGUAUGUUUUUUUUCAAGAGUUACAUAUGUAAGAAUAUUUUAAUUUUUGCCACAAACAGGUCCUCAAACACCAGUCCACCACAACAAUGUUCUUGCUCAGCUGCCCAACUGCCCACCAAUGCGAUGGGGCUACACCCACUGCCAGCCUGGUAUGUUAAUUGUUAAGCCUCGUAAAUUUACUAAUAUUUUGUUCCUUUUUUUUUCACAGCCAUGCCUUCAACCUCAUUACAGCUAACUCCCGCUGAAAUAAUGAACUUUAGGGCAUUUAUGGCGUCAAGAAAUUGCCAAAUGCCGUAACUGUGAGUAAUUUUUGUGUGUCUUAUGUUUUGUAUAUUCUUGCUUUGUACAUAUGUAUAUUGUGUAUGUUUUGUAUAUUCUUGCUUUGUCCAUAUGUAUAUUUUGAAAUCCACAAUAAAAAUAUUGUAAUUCCA